AUGUUCGUACUGGUCUUUUGGCUAGACAAGGGCGUAGAUGGGUUCAGAAUUGACGCAGCUCCCUAUUUGUUCGAACAUGCCGAUUUUCAAGAUGCACCGCCGCCUGAUAAUGUGUCACGUAGUUAUGUUCAGAAUCAACCAGAAACGUAUGAUAUGAUUUAUCAAUGGCGACAAGUUAUUGACGAUUACAAUAAACAGAACGGCGGAGAUACCAGGGUACUCAUGACCGAGGCAUACACCCCUAUAAACAGCACUAUGCUCUACUAUGGUAAUGAAACAGUCGAUGGAGCUCAUUUUACUUUCAAUUUCUAUCUGAUAAUCAAUACUACAAAUAACAGUACUGCCAACCAGGUCGUUUCAUUGGGUAAUCACGACAGACAUAGAGUAGCCACCCGUCAAGGGGUUGAAAAUGUGGAUGGAUACAACAUGUUGAUAACCCUUCUACCGGGUAUAGCUAACACUUAUAAUGGAGAAGAAAUUGGAAUGGAAGACGGAGAAGUAACAUGGGAAGAAGGACAAGAUUCAAUAGCAUGCCAGUCAGCCAGGGAAAACUUCCAGAGUACAAGCAGAGAUUUUCAGAGGACUCCGUUCCACUGGGACUCUACGGUUAACGCAGGAUUUAGUACAGCGAAUAAAACUUGGCUGCCAAAAAAGAAAAGUGUAGUUAAGGACGUUAUUAAGGAAGGAUUUAGCAAUGCUGGUGGUAAGCAGUUAAACGGGAAGUUACCAGGAAUCACAGAGAUGCAAGGAUUCUUACGGAAACAUAGAAAUUAA